AUGUCCUACGAUGACACAUCAAGUGUCUGUAAUAUAUUCAAACAAAGCAACACUGCUCAAUUGAUGCGGGAUUGUGUAUUCAUUGUUUGGGACGAAGCAUCCAUGACCCACAAAAGCUCGGUUGAGGCAUUAGAUAGAACCUUGCGGGACUUACGUAAUAAAAAUACAUUAAUGAGUGGCUGCACAGUCUUAUUUUCUGGAGAUUUUCGUCAAAUCUUGCCAGUUGUAGUAAGAGGAACGAGAGCUGAUGAAGUCAAUGCAUCAUUAAAGAGAUCUUACAUUUGGCCAGACAUAACUAAAUUGAAACUUAAAACUAAUAUGAGAAUAUUAUCAUCUGACCAAGGAAAUAAAACUUUUGCUGAUGCUUUACUCCGUGUUGGUAAUGGUCAGUCACUGACUAGAAAUGAUUUACCUAAUAUUUCGACUAAAACGACAAGUUGGUUUCAAGAAAGAGCAAUAUUGUCACCAACUAACGAUCAAGCCAAUAAAAUAAAUGACAUGAUACUGUUAAAAUUCAACGCACCAACAAAAGUUUACUAUUCCAUUGACACUGUUUUAGAUGCAGAGGAGGCGAUACCAUUAUCCAACUGA